CACUGGGAAGCUUUUGGUUCCUAGUUCCCACCAGUGCUUCAUCAACAUAAUUUUUGCUUGCAAGCUCCUGCGCUAGCUUAGCUAAGUCAACAAGCCUGGUGCAUCUUAUUAUGUGCGGCACUAACUGGACAUUGCAGCGUUUGCCCAGACCCCCAUAACGAGAUUAAACAGCAGGAAUUGGGAUUAUUUUUAUUUUUAUUUUUUUUUUAACCGUUUCACGUCCAAAAACCAGAAGAAGGUCACGGCGAUGUUGCUCAAGUGACUCGAAACAUAAGAAAACACAAUGGAGACAGCUCAAGCCCAUCUGUGUGAGCAAUGUGGGGAAAGCUUCUCAGACACAGCCAGGUUUGCCUCUCACUCUUGUUCCAGGAGGUUGACAGCAUCCACCAGCGAAGCACCGCAGGGGAACUACAAGUGUUCUUCCUGCGGUGAGUUCUUCACUAAGCCAGGUGCUCUGAAACAGCACUUCAGGGUCCACGACGGAGAGCAGGAACCCAAAGGUCCAUUCCCCUGCACCGAGCCCGGGUGCCGGUUCAGCAGCACCAAUCGCCAGGAGUAUCAAGCCCACUUGACGUCCACGCACAGUCUCACUCUUAUUCCGUGCACCGUGCGGUCGUGCAAGGUGUCCUUCUGCACACGAGGUGAGAUGGAGGGCCAUCGGAGGAAGCACAUGCCUUUCCGCUGCCUUCACUGCCAGUUUGUGAGCCAUAAUGCGCGACAGUUACAUGACCACACUCUGGAGCACAGCAGUCCUCCUGAGCCUCAAGGGAAUGAAAUGGUGCUCACAACAACAUGCGCUGAUGGAAGCAACCAGUCCCUGGUCUCUGGAAGGACAAAAAGAAAACACAAACCCAACCCAGCAUAUGUGGCGUCAUCACAAAACGGGACUGACGUCGAGCAUGAGAGUGAAGGGCAGAAUACUAAAAGAGCAAGAAAGGAAGUGGAAAAAGACCAACCCUCGGCAGGAGCAAACGACAGUGACUCACUGCCUUCCAAAGAUUACCUGGCAGAGGGUGCAGAGCACAUAUAUCGCACCCACACCUGUCCCAAGUGCAGGCGCUGCUUCAAGAUGCGCUCCCACCUGCAGGAGCACCUCCACUUGCAUUUUCCCGAUCCCAGUCUCCAGUGCAGCACCUGCAAGCGCUACUUUACUAGCAAGAGCAAGCUACGCAUACAUAAGCUCCGUGAGGCAGGUGAAAAAGUCCAUCAUUGCCACUUGUGUGACUAUUCAGCCGUGGAGCGGAAUGCAAUCCGCCGCCACCUCGCCAGCAAGCACGCUGACGAGGCAGGGGGUGACGUUACCUCUCACGUCUAUCCUUGCCCCACCUGUGGUCAAAGCUUUCGCCAAAGCAGGUCCCUUAAGGCUCACAUGAAGACGCACAACAUCCUCCUGGAUCACCAGCCAGUGGCUUGUUUCCAGGAAGGCUGCUCUUUCCAGAGUUCUCUGCGCAAAGCACUACUGAGACACACUAGCAAAGUGCAUGGGGUCAAGGCAGUACAGUGCCGUUAUCAUGCCUGCGGUGCUAUUUUCCAAAGUGUCCAGGACAUGGAGGAUCACCAUCGAAUGCAUCUCGCCUACCACUGUUCACAGUGUGAUUUCUCGUGCUCCAAUAAGACCGUCUUCCUCCAGCACCAGAGACAAGGCCACCCGGGGAGUGAGGAGCUUUGCUGUAACUUUUGCUCCUUUGUCACAUUCAAUCCCGUGGAGUUUGAGCAGCACAUUGGACAUUUGCAUGCCAGUGAGAAGAUCCAUCGCUGUUCACAGUGCAGCUAUGUAACCUCACACAAGCGUGGAUUGACACGGCACAUGUUGAUGCAUAGCGGUGAGAAGCCCCACAAGUGUAGCCUCUGUGACUUCAGGUGCCGAGAUGAGUCUUACCUGUCAAAACAUAUGCUCACUCACUCAGAUGACAGAAACUAUAUGUGCGCUGAAUGUGGAUACGUCACUAAAUGGAAGCACUAUCUGAAUGUGCAUAUGCGGAAACAUGCUGGGGACCUCAGGUACCAGUGUGACCAGUGCUCUUACCGUUGUCACCGCAUGGACCAGCUAAACAGCCACAAACUACGACAUCAGGCUAAAUCACUUAUGUGUGAAAUCUGUGCUUAUGCCUGCAAGCGCAAAUAUGAGCUUCGCAAUCACAUGUUGGCCAAACAUUCUGGAGAGGGGAAACAGCCGACUGUCUAUCAGUGCAAAUACUGCGCUUACACCACCUGCUACCGCCAGGCACUUCAAAACCAUGAGAACUGCAAACAUACAAAACUGAAAGAGUUUCGCUGUGCUCUCUGCUUCUAUUCCUCUUUCAGCAGCAUCAGCCUCUUUCUGCACAAGAGGAAAGCUCAUGGGUACGUGCCUGGGGACAAAGCAUGGUUAGAGAACUACGCUGCCAAGGAGAAGGAGAGGAACUCAAUUGAAUUCAUGCAAGACUUCUAUGAGAAGCCCUCAACAGCUCAUGAGCAGUCUGAACAUUCAGAUGGAGGGUCUCCAGCAUCACCCCAAAGAGAACAGUUUGAUCACACUGAAUCAGCAGACCAAGACACCAGCAAGGAACCUACAGCUGGUCUGCAAACCUUGGAAUCAGCAAAUAUUUAUGAUGCUGUUCCUCCAGAGCUGGCUGAUGAAAGUCUUGCAGAAAGUGCUCCAUCUGCGAGGAGUCCUGAGGAAUACUGUACUCUUGUUUUGACCACUCUAUCAACCACUGAAUAUGAAACCCCUUCUAUUCAAAAUGAGGUGGAAAACAGGACAAACCUCACAUCCACAUUAAAUUGUAAAGGAUCUGACACCAUACAAGAAAAAACAGAUGUCUCUACAGCUAUAAGUUCAUCAGAGGAAGACGGUGCUCCUUUGGCAGAUGGAGAUGGUGAACAAAGUGAUGUAGAUGACUGCUCUGAUCCAAAUACAAGUCAAUCAGUUGAGCCUGCAAACAGUUUCACUGAAACAUCUAAGGUGGAGGAUGCUGGUGGAAUCGCCAGUUCAUCUGAUCCACUUGGGCAAAAUCAGCUUUCAGAGUCUGAGAUCCGCCUGAAAGCCAUGAAGAAGCACGACAGGGACCAAGCAGAAGCUAUGGUUUUAGAGGGACGGGUGCAAAUGCUCGUGGUGCCGAGCGAAGAUGUUUAUCGCUGUGACAAGUGCUCUUAUGUAACCCGCAAGGAGGCUGCUCUGAAGUACCACUGCCAGUCUUUGUGCCAUGGUAGGCUGAAGGGGUACAAGUGCCAAGCCUGUGGGGCGCAGUUCAAACAGAGGCGAGGCCUUGAUAGCCACCUCAUGAAGAAGUGCCCAGCAGUUCAGCAAAAAACAAGAACAUUUGUGGGCAUACCCACUGCAUGUAUUGCAACAGAAGAGAUGGAUCAGGAUGGAUCCAAACAACCUGAUAAAGGAACAGGUUCAGGUCAAACAGAGCUUCCACCUUUAGAUAAUAGGAUUACCAAAGAUUCAGAAGAUCAGGAACUACAACAAUUAGGGGAAACAAACUGCAAAGGUCAUAUUAAUAAAGCUGCUUCCUCCAGUGAAUCAGGAAGUCAGCAAAGCACGGCUACAACAAAUAAGCAUUUGAAAGUUAAACGUGUGAAAAAACAAACAUUUUCUGGCCUCAGAAACAAAUACAGAAUUGUUUCACAGAAGAAUACGACCCCUUACACUAAAAAGGAUGGGAAAUUCCAAUGCAAGCUCUGCAAUUUUUCAUCAGUCAAGCUUGCAACAGUUGCUCGCCACUACUCAACCUGCAGAAAAACCUUUAAGAAAAAAGAGAAUAAGAUGCAUUCAGCACUGGAUGAUGAAGCCAGUAAUGAGUCUCUCAGAGGAGAGGGCGUGGUGAAGAACGGAAGGCUGGUGAAAGUUUCUGUGAAAGGUCAAAUCUUCUCUUGUCCCAGCUGUGCGUUCAAGUGCAGUCAGAAAAGAGCAUUAGACAGCCAUGAAAAGCGAGGCUGCCUGAAGCCAGAUGAAAUUCAAUGCCAAGUAUGUUCGUUUGUAGCUAAAUCUCAGAUUUCACUGACUAAUCAUGUUUUGUCAGCCCAUGACAAAAACAAGUCUGGUGUUGCCAAACCUAAACGUUUGCAGUGCGAACACUGUGAUUUCACCUGUAAACAAGAGCGGUGCAUGGUACAUCAUGUUGCACUGAAACACAAAGGUGCCAGACCCCACCGUUGCCGUUACUGCCCUUUCAGCACGACGCGGCGCUAUCGUUUGGAAGAGCACGAGUCUCUGCACACUGGCAUUGGCCGUCACAGCUGCAACAAGUGUAACAAGACCUUUGGGACUAUGACCAAACUGCGUCAACACAAGACACGCAUCCACGACAGACAACCUACACACUUCUGCUCACUCUGUGACUUCAGUGGCUACACGCUUGACGAUAUAAGGCGGCACAAUCUCAGAUGCCACACAGGGGAGUUGCAGCAUGCUUGCACUCAUUGUGAGGCUCGCUUCAGUUCAGAUGUAGCACUUAGGAACCACUGUAAACGUGUGCACCAGCUCCAAUCCUGUUUCUCCUGCCUGCAGUGCGACUUCAUGUGUAGCAGUGAAGCCACACUGAAGAGCCACCAGCAGAGCAACCACCCUCAGCUAAAGUGUGCCACCUGCCAGGAGUCUUUUGAGACAAAAGAAAGCCUUGAGAUACAUCGGAGGACCCACUUGGCACAUCAGUGCCAGCUGUGCUCCUUUGCCACUAAAACAAGACAGGUAUUAGCUCAACAUUUACUGAAUGAGCACGAGGACGGAUCCCCGGAGGACAAGCCUCUGAAGUGCAGCAACUGUCCGUUUACCUGCCGACAUCAGCUUGUGUUAGAGCAGCAUCUCCGCUAUCAUGGAGGCAAACGCCUUUACAAGUGCACAGACUGCAAGUACUCGACCCGGAACAAGCAGAAGAUCACGUGGCACAUUCGCAUACAUACUGGGGAGAAGCCCUACAGCUGUGAGCAGUGCAGUUACACCUGCACAGAUCCCUCCAGGUUGAAGUUUCACAUGAGGGUUCACCAAGAGGAAAAGAAGUAUCUGUGUCCGGAGUGUGGCUAUAAAUGCAAGUGGGCGACGCAGCUGAAGUACCACAUGACUAAGCACACAGGAGAGAAGCCAUAUGCCUGUGACAAGUGUGACUACCGCACCAACCGAGCGGACGCCCUCCGUGCCCACCGAGACACACAGCACUGCGACAUGCGCUCUUACAUCUGCGAGAAAUGCGGCAAAGCCUUCAAAACGAGGUUUAUACUGAAGACCCACCAGCGGCAACACAGCGACGAUCGGCCGUACACGUGUGGUUUGUGCCACAAGGCCUUCCGGUGGCCGGCGGGGCUCAGACAUCACUACCUCUCUCACACCAAGCAGCAGCCUUUCCGCUGCCGCCACUGUUCCUACAGAGCCAAGCAGAAGUUCCAGGUGGUGAAGCAUUUGCAGAGACACCACCCAGGAGUGUCAGUCGAGCAGGGGGUGGUGAGGGACUCCGAGGCGGUCAGCCUGACCCUGAAGGAGGCUUUGCAGGGGACGCUGGACAAGAGGCCAGUGGAGGUGGAGCAGGAGGGGCAGGAACGAGCUCAGGGACAGGAAGAAGUCACAGAGGUACAUGAAGCAGAAGACGAGCUAAACGCUAAGGAGAGUAAACACUAAUGAGAGACCCAACAGGGAUGCAGUGGUCAGCUCAGAGUGUACCAUCACUGUUGGAUGGAACUGAAAAGAUUAUUUAUAUUUCAUGAUUUGAUUCAGAUUGUCAAAAUUUUAACUGGCAAGUGCAUAAAACUGUCAACAAGAAUUCAAGGACUGUAAAAUGAUAUAGAUUCUCUAUCAGGACAUUUUGUAUUUAAGUAACAGGACUCCAUCUUAAAUCCACAAGCUGGAGCAUGUGAGAGUAUAUCAAUUAUAUAUACAUAUACAUUAUAUUCAAAUAAUAGAUACAAUAAUCUCUGCUGCAAUAUUCAGAUCCCAUCAUUCGUCAAAGUUAAGGUCCACCAUACUCAAGUGUCAUCAGUUUAAAUAAAAUGUUUAUAUAAAACAAAAUGUGAUGACAUGGUCGUGCUUUUAUCAUGAUUCCUUUAAAUUAUUUUUUUUAGAGGAAUGAUAAUAUUUCUCCAAAUCAGUUAAAUGAGCCACUAGUUUGGGCGCUCUUGAUAUUGUAGGUGCUCCUAAGUGUCUUAGAGAGUGAAAUUGUGACAAAAGGUUUAUGAUAAGAUAAGAUAUUCCUUUAUUAGUCCCACAGUGGGGAAAUUUCACCACCAAUGGAAACACUGAUGUGUGAGAUGACAAAAACAUUUAUAUUUGUAUGUUUAAUGUGUUAAAGAAUGUGGAUUAAAA